AUGAUGCUGGAUGUGGGGUCAACAUUAUUCGAAGAAAUCUAUGGAAUUCGUCUUUUCAAUCCAAUAUCUAGAAAAAGCAAGACGCUUCCUCCCUUGCGCCGGUGCAGGUCUUCAAUCAGAAAAGUUGUGCUUUCCUCGGACCCCUCUCGCAACAACAACUUUGUCGUGGUAUUUCAUGAUACCAUGUCUCGACCGAGGCCAAGAAGGCUAACAUCCUAUCAGCACGGUAGAGGCGGAGAAAACGAUGUUGCGGGGGCAUGGACUGACUUAGAGGAUUCGCAUGAUCAUUAUGGUGGCUAUUUUGAUAUCGUACUCCACAACAAUGGCCAUUAUUUAUUUGCACUGUCCUUGGACCACUCAAUUCAAGUUUGGGACUUUGGGGACACCUUUAAUAACCAUCCCACCAAGAUCAUGAGAUUUCAACCUUCCAUUGUUCUUAGCUGCAUGACGAGUGGUAAAAAAGGGUUGCUGGAGUUAAUGGGUGAGCUUUUGCUUGUGGUGCGGGAAUUCUUGGGGCACAAUUGCAGAGGAGCGGAGGACUUUUAUGUCUACAAGUUAAACAUAUUGCUGCCAAAACGUGGGAGAAGGUGGAAUCUUUGCGUGAUUGUGCUUUAUUUUUGGACAGAAAUGGAUCGGCAAUGUCGUUAUCCACGGGAAAAUUGCCAGGGUUAG